CAACGCUUAACUUUGCCGCCUAACAAAGUAAUAAACAAAAACAGUUAAACAAACACUUUGUCUCGUGUCUCGUGUACGAUAUAUCUGUGCACCCAGUGUCUAAUAGCGUAUUCUCUGGAAAACAGCCAAAUAGCAAACAACGCCAAUUAAUUGUGCUCACUGUUGCAGGUUCAAUAAACGCUGCAGUGUUCACUCAUACUAAUAAACCGCCAAUCACCAACAACAACAAUAAUAACAACUGCAAGAUGCAGUGCGGCCUGGAACAAAUGAACGAUUGCGAACGCUCGCCAAAUCGAACAAAUCUGCGCGUCAACUUCAAUGAGAAGGGCAAGGAGGUUAAAGAGCGAAGGGAGAAGUUCCUCACAGCCAAAUAUGGUUCACAUCAGAUGAGCCUGAUCAGGAAGCGACUGGCCGUCGAAAUGUGGCUAUACGAUGAGCUGCAGAAGCUCUUUGAUCCACCGAGCGAGGCCAUCGAUGUGGACAUUGAUGAGAUUUUGGAUAUGGACACAGACGAUAUAAGAAGAUCUCAUCUUAGUAGAUUACUGUCAGUUUGCAAACGCCCGCCCUCGGACAUAUCAAAAUUCAUCAGUGAUCUUUUGGAUCGAGCAAAAACGCUGUAAAUCGCUGGCUCUUUAACAAAAAAAAAAAAAAAAACA